AUGGGCCUCCUUUUGCGCCUUGCAGUAGCUUCCGCCGUCAAUGCUGCCACCACGCCCCAUGAAGAGGCUCAGCAUUACCACCAGCACGUCUAUUACAACGCACCGCCUCCGCCCAAUCACACCGGCUCUUUGACGCACGAGGCUAUUGCCGGUGCAGCGGGCUUCGCGGCCAUGCAUGCCUACGAAUCGCACCUGCGCGCGACCGGCCAGCCCGUGUCACACCCAAUCAUGAAGGAAAUUCUCACGGCAGCCGCAGCCGCCGAAGUCGACAAGCUCAUCGAAACCAAAGGUCUGAGCUACUUAGACCGGCACAGGGCGAGAAAGAUGGCCGAAGAACAGGCGCAUAUGCUCGCCGAGCAACGUUACUCUGGCGGGACAGGCUUUGAGUACGCGCGCGCGCAAAGUGGGCCCGCCGAGGUCUUCUAUGGGUAUGCGAGCGGCAACGGGGUACAAACCCUUGGAGCUCCCGCUAUGCAGUACGGACAGGGCUAUACGCCGCCGCCACCCCCGGCGGCCUACGGUCCGCCACCCGCUGUACUUGCAGGACCUGCGUACGGGCCACCUCUCUUGGGAUCCCGUAGACUGUACCGUGACAGCUAUGGCCGCUUGCGCCGCGAUUGGUGA